UUUGCAGGUUUCAUUGGGUUUUUAAAUAACUUAUUUUAUAUAAAAUCCAAAGAAAAUUAUAUAUUGAGUCACCGGGUUUAUUGGUUCGUCCACGGGUCCGUAUCAAAUUUCAAAACACUGCUCGUACAUUAUCAGGGACGGGUCCUUAUAACUUGUGGCACAAUAUAUAUAUUAUACAUUUUAUUUUAUUCUAUAUAUUAAAUAUAAUUAUAAAUUAGUAUACUAAAUUAUUUUUAAAAUAUAGUAUACUAAUUUUCCACGGUGCUCGUUUUGCCAAUUAUGAAACCUGGCUGAGUGAUCAUACUUACAUUGGACCUAGUGCUCAGGUGGUUUGGCUAAUAGUUGGACAAGAAAUCCUGAAUGGAGAUGUAGGCAAAGGCUCCCGAAGAAUACAAAUAACCUCUGACUUUUUUUCAGCUUUGGCGAGUAUCUAGAAUAACUAGUUAAUUACAAUUUUAUUGUACCGCAAUUGGCGCAUUGGUCUCUGGAGCCUUAAUGCUUUUUGCUGGUUGGUUCCAUUAUCACAAAACAGCUCUAAAAUUAGCUUGGUUCCAAAAUGUAGAAUCUAUGUUUAAUCACCAUAUAUUAUGUUACAAUUAAAAAUUACAUUAAAAUUUUACAUUUUAUUUUUAAAAAUUGAAUCAACUUAAAAGUUAAAUAGUUAUUAUAAUGUUAAAUAGUGUUGAGUAUUACAUAAUUAUAUACCACAUAGUACAAUUUAUUUUUAAUUUUAGUUACAAAUAUUGUUAAGUAAAACAUAAAUAAAGAAAAAUUUAAUUAAUAAAAGGUAGAAACUAACAUUCUUUAUUUUAUUUUUUUUUAAAAAGCAUUCUUUAUUUUAUUUUAUUUUAACAUAUUGCAAGAGUACCCUUGGAUUUUAUUUUAUUUUAGCAUAUAGAAGAGUACCCUUGGAUUUUAUUUUAUCACUCUGAUCGCUGCACAUGUUGUUAUCCACACUGAAUGAAAAUAUUUAAACAUGCCUUUUUUUUUCUUUACGAACCUUCUUAGAUUUGAAAUGUUUGUGUCUUCGUAACGCCACGUGACUCAUCUUCUCCGUCUACGUGGCCCACCAGCGGAGUCGAGAAGGGUUUUUUUGUUUGGUCAAACAGUCGAGAAGGUUAAAUUGGCGUUUUGGUAACACGUAUUAAAGAAGAAAAAACAUAACCGUGAGAGAGAGAGCCAAUCAAUGCAUGUUCUUUUUACAGAGCUUUGGCAAUAGGAAGCAAGACAAGAUGAUUGAAACUAGAUCAAAGCGUGGCAACCCAGCUAGGACAACGACAUGGACAGAUUUGGAACAAGUGGAGAGUGUCUUUGUAGAGAUCCUAUCGCGUCUGCCACUAUAGAAGCCUUUGUGUGUUACAUGUCCAUGCAAUGAUACUAGCUAGUAUGGUAUUGUAUACGAUGGAACCAAGGAGUUUCAGAAGAUUUCACCUGAAUACGAUUGAUUCAGCUGAAUCCAUGUACAUGAUAUCUUCCUUCAACGGAGUUAUCUGUUGUGUUAAUCGGGUCAGGGUCAGAGAAGCAAACGAGUUCUGUGAUCUAAAGAUAUGGAUAGUUAACCCUUGUACAGGGGAAACUCUGCUUCUUCCCCAAGGGAGACCUUCGUUUCAGUUUGAGCCAAGUGUUGGAGUUGCUUAUGGCUCCACUGACUACAAAGUUUUCCGUAUAUACUGCUCUGGAAAGAAAGUUCCUGAAGAAAUGGUAUUUGAGAGAUAUGAUUUCCGUGAAGGUCAAUUGGAUACGGUGUACCGUUACACUCUCGCUUAUGAAUGUGAGGUGUAUUCAUCCAUCACUGGUGUUUGGGAAAACAUAGGCCAUGUGCCGUGCGUUCCAAUGUAUCUCCAUCUUAGCCCGUUUAGCUGUGGCCAUGUAUUUGUGGGAGGAAAGAUUUAUUGGCUGUCUUCCUUAGAUGAUGAAGGUGCAAUCCUUAGUGUGGAUCUUGAAGGGAGGUUUGAGGUUAUUCAGUUGUCUCUUUAUGAAGGUGAUCAAAAAGAGGAAGACAUGAUCACUGAAGCAACUUAUCUCAUUAAUUUACAAGGAUUUCUCUCUGUUGUUAUUCUACAUCCGGAGCACAUGGAUGUGUGGAUAAGAAUGGGAAGCGGGGAAAAUGUUAGUUGGAUUCUUCUAUGCCAAGAUACUACUCCCGUCGGUGACAAUGACAUUGUUUUAGCCAUGACUUGUUUAGAGAACAAGAUCAUAUGCGUGACUGAGGAGAAAUGGUGUUGUUAUAAUAUAGAUACUAGAAGGUGGAAGAGGACUAAUCAUGGUGGACUUGUGAACCACCCAACGGUGUAUCCUUUCACCGAGAGUUUUCUUCCAUGUAUAGUUUGUAUACAAUGUUUUAUUCUUUGUUUGCUUUAUUUAUCGGUUUUGAUUCCUUGUUCUCUUUUUCUUUUUUAUUAUUGAAUCAGGCAGUGGGAUGCUGUAGAAGAAGAACUUCAUCAAACUAUCUAUGUUCUUUACUCUUUUUUGGAUCUUUCAAAAUGUUUAAGACAUCAUCAAACUAUCUAUGUUCUUUACUCUUUUUUGGAUCUUUCAAAAUGUUUAAGACUUAAAAAAAAAAAAGAUCGAAUCUGGAUGGAUCGAUAUUGUGUAAUAAACCUAAAAUAGUUGUUUUGAAGCUAGUUUAAUGAAGGGUCCAAAAUAUAAAGGAUCCUUCCUAUUUUGUUUUGAUCAUGUUACCAUGCUUCAUGUGACUGUGCCAAUAGGCUUGAAAGUCCAUUCUCUUCAAAAGACCGAGUCAAUCUUUGAACAAUCCUUUCAUUUACAAAACCAUAGAAUAGAGGAUAUUCACCCGUACUUUUAAUUUCAUAUUUAACUGAGAACUAAAAUAUUAAAUUUUUAAUAAAUAAAAAACAAAUUAAAAUCAUUUUUAUCUGUAAGAUUGGUACACGGUAAAAAAAAUUAUGUUUUUUUUUCAAAUUUUACAUGAAAUUUAGUACUAAUUCUAAUAUAAUAUUUUGUCAAUUCACCUUAGUGAAGAAAAAGGCAAAAGAUGACUGCCGUAUCAAAUAUUUGUUAUUUUUAUUUAUAUUAGUGGUUGGUUUGCGCUUCGCGCGGAAAAAUUAUUUAUUUUCUAAUAAGUUGAUUAAUAUUUUUUAUAUCAUAUCCUUUGUUUAGGGUUGUAUAACUCUAUACUUUAUUUUUAUAGCAGUUGUGGAUUUAGGUUUAAAAAAAAUUCAGAAAUCAUGACAUCUAUUUUUUUAAAAAUAAUUCUCCAUUUAUUUGGAUAGACAAUGGAUAGAAUAAUCUAAAGGCUCUUGUUUAUACAUAAAAUGAUAUUUAUUCAUUUUUGUUCUUGUAUUUAUUGUAUUACUUUCAGUCUUGUUCCAUUUUUUUUAACUAUAAUUUUUUAAAAAUCUUGUUUUAAUUAACUAUUAAAUUUUCAUUAUGAUUUUGUAUCAAUAUCUUAUUAAUUUCACUUAACUUGAGUUUCAUGAUUUAAAAUAAAAAGAUCUAUCAGAUUAAUUGUUUUUAUUUUAGUUUUGUUGAUCUUGGUUAUAAUGAAACUUGUAAAAAGUACAUCGCAUAUGAAUAAUUCUAUUAUCCACUUUUAUGAAAUUGCACUAUAUAUUCUUGAAAUUUGUGGUUUUGGAUUAUACUAUUUAUAUGUAGUUAAAUUUCUUUUUGUAUUUGGUUUAUAUGCUGUUUUUGUUUCCCUAACUAUUUUUAUUGUGUUUUCCAUUAUUUUUUUUUUAAUUUUCUCUAAAUUUAUGUCUGGUGAUCAACUUUUAUUGUGGUUUUCCAUAAAUUUUUAAUUUUCUCUAGAUUUAAGUUUGGUAACCAAUAAAAAGUUAAAUUUUUACUACGCAUAAACAUUGCGAUAACUUAUCUUACCAGUCUGAAGUGGUUAAGCCCACUAAAAUAAUUACAGCCAAUGCGAGGGUUUACCAACCUAAAUGAGGCCAUGUACCCAAAAACAUCAGGAGAUUAUUUUGUUAGGUUUAGUGCAGUAGAUGACGUCCACUAAUUUAAAAAUAAUUCAAAUUAUAUAAUGCUCAUAACAAACUCAACUAUUUAAAUGGCAUUGUACCAAAGAUAAGUAAAUAAAAACACUUUGGUACUAAGUAAAAGUACGUGGAUUACAACAUUAUUGAAGAAAAACAUAAAAUUUUGAAACAAACAAUUGAAUUGAAUUUUGCAAAUUCCAAGUCUCCAUAGUUGGAGUGAUCAGUAUUUCGAGCUUACAUUGAACUGGGGGCCUUUUCAUCAUCAAUGGGAGUCUCGGUGGAGGUCAGGAUUGAAUCAGUAUGUGCAGGCUCUGGGUCAGUGCUGGCUGGACAUCCUUCAAUAAUUGGAACAUCAUCUGGCCCGUUUGUGUGAUACGAACAACUGCUUUUCACCACUGGAUUUGGGACCAUAGAAAGUUUAACAGCUACAGACAUAUCAUCACUUGUGUGGUGCUAUAAUAGAAACUCCACAGUUGCUGACAAUAUUUUUUUUUCAAAUGUGAAGCCUAGAUAAAUGAGCAAACGCAGAAAGCAUGCAGCAAAAAAAUCUCUUAUUUUCAAGUAAGAGACAUUUUGAUUGGUUAGUUGUGCGUAGUAUGAAAAAGGAGAGACAACAAAAAAAUAACAACACAUGUAAAUUGGUCAUGUUGUGACAGUACACAUGAGAACUGAGCUAAAUGCAAUAAUAACAGUGAUCCUUAUUCAGUGAACGUACCUGUAGGGGUGAAUUCAGAACGUAGAUAUUAAGUUUAGAGAGUCUGACAGGUUCAAGUUUCUUAACACCACCAUAUUUUGGAAGAUAUACCAGAGGAACCACUCUCUGCUCUGCAGAGCCUGCAUCUGGUAUGUUUAAUGUGGGAACUAACGCCGUAAUAAUCGUGAAGUAGUAACUAAUUGUAGAAAGAAAUAACAGACUCUUUUAAGAAACACUGAGUGGCUUGGUUUUCAUGAUAAAAGUAGAACUGUGUCCCUAAUGUGACGUUUAGGACUAAGCGACCUGCACAAACAGAUUAAGAGAACAUGAAAACUGAUGCGUUCAUGUUAUUGUAAAUCACAUAUGCACAGACAAAUAAUUUGGGAUUUAUGUUGGUUGCAAACAUGACCUUUUGUCUCCACAUCCAAGAGUACUAACUUGUCAUGCAACCUUAUCAAACACACGACACACAGUGGUUGAACUGCAGAGGUUGAUGGGGUUUAUCAGUAAGAAACAUCUAUCAAGUUAAAUAAAACUUAAAACUUAAUGGUGCUUGCGUAGGGGCUACGUACCUGUCCAGCUAGAUUGUGACCAUAACACUCUGUAUCAACUCGUUUUCGUCAUUGUAGAUGGUGUGUAUACUCCUAUCCUGACUAAAAAUAUCUGAAAUAUACAUAAUUGUAAUAUACACCCGAAACUGAGGUAGUACAAUGGAAGUGGAUAUUGUAAGAUUAAGAUUAAAUACAUACCGGGCAAAUCUACGUUGGUGUUAGCGAGAGCCAUUAGCUGCUCAUACUUGCAAAACCUGAUUUUUUUUCAGCCGUCGGGUUGACAACCUCGACAAAGCUGGUAUGCUCGAUAAAUCGAAUACAGACAGGAGAGGCGCACAGUUUGAACUUUGAAGUGAUUAUUGCUUCUAGCAACAUAGAACACAGUAAGCUUGUAGACAGUGCCUUCACUCAGUAGAUUUUUAAAACUGUAGAGCCGAUGUGCGGUGAUGGUACCUUGUAUCAACGUCGACUGCAAAUGAAAACAGUGGAAAUUUUAGGCAGACCGAAUGAGGUGUUCCUUAAAUCAAGUUUUUAUGAAUAAAUUUAGAUUAUCAGUACCUUCUUGUCAAGCAAUACUAUGUUCACCAACAAUAACCUCGCCUCUUUUCUUCAGAGUACCGACUCCCAGAAUUGAAGAAGACGUGUCACCACCACGUCCUCAAAACGACCAAUCUCCAAGUUGGAAAUGUAUAAUUGGGAAAUCCCCAUUUUUUAGCUUCAGUUUGGUGAGAAAUCGAACGCCUUCAAAAAGAGAAUUGGAACAGACUUAAACUGAGAAUGUAUUGAAGUGGAGAUGAAAGUAAGGUAACCAUAAAUUAGGCGUUACAGGGAGGCUUUUGGGAGAACGGUAGCCAAAGGUUUGGCGAGAGAAACCCAGAUCUGGCUAGACACUGGAAAGGCGUCGAAGAAGAAAAAGGAAUCACGUAAAGUUAGAUUUUCUUACUAAGCUGACAUGGCAUUUUAAGAUAAUCUGAUUGGUUUGAACUUCUGAUCUUACGUGGAUAGGUUCAGUGGAGCUCAUAUCCUCCUUUAAGCAUUGUAAGAUUCGGCAAUUUAAUACACUUUAUUAUGCCACAUACACUAACAACAAUUAGAAAUGUUAUUAUGUUUUUCUUUGAUAAAUGCAUGUAUUAUUAUAAGUAUUACUAGACUCUGACCCACGCGCCAGCGCAUAUAUGAAUUUUUGGUUUUUGGUUAUUUAUUUAACUAAGUGAUGUAUUUGUAAUAUUUGAUGUAUUAUAUUCACCAAGUAAAUAAUUUUUUGGCAUCUUAAACCAUCUAUUUAUGACAAAUAUUCGAUAUCAUAUAAAAAAUAGAACAAACAGACGUAAUUAGAUAAUUGUAGACGAUAUAUAAAAACAAUGGUUAUUAAUAUAAAAUAUGAAGAAAUAUUAUAUUAUGACUUAGUAUAGCAUAAAAGAUUAUAAAUUAGUUAUACAUGUUUAAAGAAAAUACAAUGAUUUUUAAACUUCUAUGAAAAAUUUAACAUAUUAGAAAGGGCGAUGAAUUAGUCAUCAAAUUGUAAAUAAUUUCAUAAUAUUAUUAAUAAUAGAUUAUUUAUAGUCUAUGUUUCUCGUCAAGAUAAUUAUUAAAUCUAUAUAAUACAAAACAAAUUGUGUAUUUUAUAAAAAAAAUAUAAAUACAUUAAUAAUAGUAAUAUAUAUUUUUAUGAUACAAACAAAUAAAUAGUUUAAGUAUUAAUUGUUAUAAACUAAAAAAUUAUUAAAUAGUGUAUUCUUUGUAAGUCUUCUCUUUCAAUAGAUCUUAAAUAUUUUUAAAUUUUUAUAAAAAUAUAUUUUGAUGGAGAAAAUUUUAAUCCAUGUAAUAAUAAACAUUUCUAAAUGAUGUGAAUUUAUUUUACUAAAAUUAAAUUAUUUUCAACACAGAUUAGUAAAUGUAGACCUAAGACUCUUGAUAGUCUUUGGUUUAGGGUUUGGUAACAUAUGUUGUAGUAUUGUUGGUAUUUUUAGGGCUAUAUUUUGAAAUCUUAUCUUUUUUUAUAAUUUGACCUAUAUGUAUUUAAUGACUAUUUAAUAACUGGAUUUAAACACUUUCUAAGUAUCUUUUAAGUUUAAGAAAGUGUUUUGCUUAGUUAUUUGAUUAUAUGGUCUAAAAGUUUCACAAAACACUUCCCAAGAAGUGUUCUGACAUAUUUCGCCUAAGUUUUAGUAGAAUUUAGGAUUUCCGCCCAAAGUUUAGAAUAAUUUAGGUUUUCCGCCUAUAUCGAAGUAUUCCAGAAAUUUUCCAGAAGUCUUCUAGGGGAACUCUUCUUAUGUAUUAGAUCGUAAAAGUAAUCAAUAAAUUUUAUAAAAAAAAUAUUUUGAAAGGGAAAAAUCGAAAUCAUUUAUUAAUAAGCAUUUCUAAAUGAUGGAAAUUUAGGUUUACUAGAAUUGAACUAGUUUGAACAUAGAUGAGUGAAUGUUGAUUGAGUCAUGGUAGCCUUUGGUUUAGAGUUUGGUAACAUAUGUUAUAGUAUUGUUGGUAUUUUUAUGGUUAGAUUUUGAAAUCUUAUCUUUUAUUUUUAUUUUAAAUUUGACCUAUAUGUGUUUAGUGACUAUCUAAUAACUUGAUUUAAACACUUUCUAAGUUUCUUUUAAGUUUAAGGAAAUGUAUUUUUUCUUAGUUAUUUGAUUAUAGUGUUUGGAAGACUCCCAGAAGACUUUAGUUUAUGAUUUGGUAAUAUAUGUUAUAGUAUUUUUGUAUUUAGGGUUUGAUUUUGGAAACUUAACUUUAAAAAGUAACAUACAUGUGUUUACUUUUGUAUAUAUUAAACACUUUAUAAGUUGAUUUUAAGUUUAAUAAAUUAUUUUUUACUAUAGUUAGUUCUUUGAUUAGGUUACGGUUUGGAAGACUUCCAGAAGGCUUCCCAAGAAAGUCUUCUGACAUAUUUCCACCUAAAGUUUAGUAAAAUUUAGGUUUUCCGCUUAAAGCGAAGUUUUCCAAAAGUUUUCUCAUGUAUUAGAUCUUAAAAGUAACUUUUAAAAUUUUAAAUUAUAUUUUGAUAGGGAAAAAAUUCAAAUCAUGUAACAUUAACAUUUAUAAAUGGUGUAAAUUUAAUUUAACUAAGAUUGAAUUAUUUUUAACAUAUAUGAGUGAAUGUAUAUUGAGCCAUGAUAGUCCUUGGUUUAGGGUUUGGUAACAUACGUUAUAGUAUUGUUGGUAUUUUCAGGGUUAGAUUUUGAAAUCUUAACUUAAAAGAAACCAAUUAAAUUUUACAUAUAUGUGUUUAGUUUUGUAUAUAUUAAACACUUUAAAAGUUGAUGUUAAGUUUAAUGAAAUGUUUUUCGCUAUUUAGUUAGUUAUUUGAUUUUCAGGUCUAAAAGACUUCCUAAGAAGUCUUUUGUAUCAAAAAAUAUUUAACUUAAUUGAAAUUUUUGUUUCCAUAAUAAAGGAAAUUUAAACAUUAUCUUUCUUCUUCUCAAAUGACAGUAACAAAAAUGUAAUGUUUCUCACUCUAAAACUCUCGAGCAUCUCUGUAAUCUUUUUGAACAUCCAAACACCAAACUUUAAAUCCAUUUCUCAUUUUUUUCUUAUGUCUUCUCACUAAUUUAUCUUCUUUUUGCAGGUUUUCAUUACAUGGUUUUCAUCUUUCACCACAUCAAAGGUAGAUCUAUAAAUUUUGGAUAUGUAUUUUUUAGUGUUUAUAUAUUAGAUUCUAAAAAGCUAUAGAUUCAACCUAAUGUGAAUGUUUUGUUUAUUAUUUAAGCAUACAAAUUAUAUUUUUAAAGUUUUUCUCUCUUUUGAAACCAUUUGAAUGUUUUUGAAUUUGUAAGUUUUUUAGAUCUAAGACAGACUUUGAAAAACUUCUCAAAAGACUCUCGAAAUAUUUUUUGGGAAGUCUUCUAAUGCAUUUUAUGCUAGAAGACUUCCCACGAAGUCUUCAGAAAGUCUUUCAAAAUCUUCUGUCCAAAGUGAUAUAAAUUUUAGAUAUGUAUUUUUGUGUGUUUAAUAUAUUAGAUUCUAGAUUCAACUUAAUGUGCUUAUUUUGUUUAUUAUUUAAGGAUAAAAAUUAUAUUUUUGAAGUUUUCUCUGUUUUGAAGUCAUUUGAAUGUUUAUAAAUUUGCAGGUUUUUUCAGAUCUAAGACAGACUUUGAAAGACUUCUCAGAAGACUCUCGGAAUAUUUUUCGGAAGAUUUCUUGGGAAGUCUUCUAAUGCACUUUAUGCUUGAAGACUUUCCAGGAAGUCUUCCGAAGUCUUCAGGAAGUCUUCCGAAGUCUUCUACCCAAAGUACUACAAAUUUUGGAUAUGAAUUUUGUGUGUUUUAUAUAUUAGAUUCUAACAAGUUAUAGAUUUAAGCUAAUGUGACUUUUGAUUUAUUAUUUAAGCAUAAUAAAUUAUUUUUUAAGUUUCCUCUGUUUUGAAGUCAUUUGAAUGCUUUUGAAUAUGCAAAUUUUUCAGAUCUGAGUCAGUCUUUGAAAGACUUCUCAGAAGACUCGGAAGACUUCUUGGAAAGUUUUCUAAUGUAUUUUAUGCGAAAAGACUUCCCACAAAUUUUUCAAGAAGUUUUCCGAAGUUUUCUACCCAAAGGGGUACAAAGGGAUGAUGUCAAGUGCGGAGUCCAAGCUUAUUUAUGCUGAGGAAUGAUAUCUAGCUCCAUGUGUAAUAGUUUUGUUUAUGGUAUGUUUUAUGAUUUGUAUGUGUACUAUUUUAGUUGUGAAUUCUUUUGUAAAGUUGAAUAGAAGUUAAUCAAAAGAAUUUGGUAAAUAUAUUCAUGUUCUGCCAAAAGUACUUGAUAUUAUUGAAGUUAUUGAUAUAACAUACUAAGAAAUUUUUUUUAACCAUUCUACCCACUCAUAACAAAACACAACAAUACAAAAACUUAAUCAAAUUUACUAAAACUAAGAGAUAAGACUUCUCAAGUAAACUUAGUCAAAUUCACAAAAUAUUAAUAUUGAAUUUUAAGUAAAAAUUGAAAUUUUAAAUCUCAUGGAAGUUAAAAAUUAUAGCUUAUGAUCUAAAAAGACACAUUAAACCACAUGACUUGAUAUUUUUGAAGUUACUUAACACGUUUGAAAGUUAAAAAACAUACGUUGAAGUUACUUAACACUUUUGAAAAUCUAAUGUAGAAGACUCCUCUAGAAGUCUUCUUUUAGCUAGAAACAUGAGUAAACAUGAAUAUUUGAAAUCUCAUAAUUAUCAUCAAAUAAGUUAUGAAUUUUAUCCAGGAGGCCUAAUAUUGACUAAUAUACAUAAAUUAAUAAAAAUAUAUUAAAAGGUCAUUUUAAUUGUAGAGAAAAUUAAAGUUUAUUAAACAUUGACAUAGAAGACUUACUGAGAAGACUUCUAUGCAAUUUUUAGAGAAGACUUCUACGGAAGUCUUCCUGAAGAAAAAUUCUUAGGAAGUCUUCCAUUUAGGUCAUUUUUGCAAUUGCAAAUUUAUAAAGGAAAACUUCUAGAGAAGUCUACUCUAUAGCAAACAUCUUAAGAAGUCUUCUUUUGUAAAUAUUGGCUUAUUUUUGAAUUUAAAAAAUCCUCGAAAAUACCAGAGAAUACUUCUGUAAACAAGUUAGUUUUGCAAUUGACCAAAGUUCUGCACAUUUUUGACUUUUUCUUAGAAGUCUUCUCUUGUAGCCCAUAAGUCUUCUCAUUAAUAUUAAAAUUUUUACUAUUAAUUGUCAAUUUUAAAAUUAGCCUACGCAAACUUCCUGCGAUAGUGAAAAGACUUCAUUUAACAGUAAAGAAGACUUCCCGAGAAGUCUUCCUCUAUAAAAAGUCAAUUUUUUUAUAGAUUUCGGUCAAUUGCAAAACUAACUUAUUUAUCCGAGAAGACUUUUCAAGAAGUCUUCUUGUUUUUUUUUGUUGACAAAGAAAAGUUAAAAGACUUUCAGAAAAGUCUUCUCUAAAAACACAUACAAAAAUUAAAUUGCAAAACUAACAUAUGCAUCGUCGAAAGACUUCUCUAGAAGCCUUCUCUGCGAAACAGAUAUGAAAAAAAAAUCAAAUAUCAUUUUUUAGAUCCAGUGAAAUUCAUGUUUAGCUUUUAUAAGCACACACAAUUUCUUAAUGAAAGUUACUCAUUUGUUCUUGAUCAUGAAUCAUGAACUUGAGUAACUCUAAUAAGCUUAUAGGUUUUAAAAUAAAAAAAUAAGGAUUUUUGGAUGAAAUAAGAAAUAAAGUGAAAGGGAAAUGGUUUUAUGUGUGUAAAAAAUGCAGAUAUGAAGAUGUAUAUGUUGAUUUAAGUUGCAUUUAGAGUUUGAAAUUGGUUGUUCAUGGUGGUUGGUGUUUUGAUGACAAUGAAAAUUUUGUAAAUAAAUGAGGAAGAUGAUGAUCAAUGAGUAAAAUACUCAUUUUUGAAAAAAAAAAACGAAAAUAUAUAUAAUAAUAAUAAUAAUAACAUUUUCGUGAAUAACUCAAAUUUU